GCGCACGCGUCGAGCGUUACUGAUGCGUGUCAGCUGUCCCGGUCGUCGUUAGGUGAAGACGUAAGGAAAUAUAGGUGGUGUUCCUCGUUCCGUAUCCGUGGUCUUCCAAUGUAGAGCUACGAUCGAAUGAUUUAAAUGGCUUGUGAUAAUCGUACGAAAGUUUAUCUCGGAUACGAGGACGAGUACGUCACCGACAAGCACCGUUCCUCGAUUAAUUUUAUGACGAAUAAGAUCGGUGGGCAUCCGAACUGUUAUGGCAAGAAUAUAUUAUCGUCGCCGCAAUGCAGACUCUGUGGUUUAUAUCAGCUCUUGGCACUCCAGUUGUACGCUCCGUUAGAUAAUUCAAAGUACCAUCGAACACUAUACAUAUUCGCAUGUAUCAAUUCAAAUUGCUGGAAUCAAAAUGAGAGCUGGACAUGCUUGAGAAUACAACAUUUGGAGGAUGAAACUAAGACGAGUGCCUCAGACUCUGGAAGCGUUAACGUGCCAUCCUCGACAGCUUGGUUGUCAGACGCGGAUGACUGGGGUGAUAAUGUAAAUGACAAUGCGUCAGAACAAAAUGGGAAUAACAUGUUGGAAAGUGAUCCGUUACAAUUUCACUUCUCCCUGCAUAAAGAAAUCGACCAGGACAUACGAGAAGAAUUGUCCAUGUUGCGUGUGGACGAUCCAAAUGCAAAUAGUCCUGCCAGUGUGGAUUCUCCAGUUAGCGUGGGUGCUGUAGGUCGUUUAGAUUCUCCUCAAGCCUCAGCAGAGAUCGAUGGAGAUGAGAGUGAAGUCGUGUGCAUUGACACUCCGACGCGACCGCAAUGUGAUUUAGUUAGUUUACUGCAUGAGGUAACGCCAUUACCACUGCAAAUUACGAAUGCAGAAACCAAAUAUUCGUUCGUUGAAAUAUUUCUUGCGGUCGACGAGGAGGAUUACACCAUGGACGUGUCCCAACACGUUCGAGAUUUGUUGGUUGAGUAUCAGCACAGUAAUCCGGACGCAUCGACCAAGUUCACGCCGGAUUCCGGCAAUCCUAAAACUAUCGAAACGGACAUAGAGAAGUACGAGAAGAGUAUUCCUAAGCAUGGCGACGAAAUGUUCCAUAAUUUUGUUUGUAGAAUACAGAGGAAUCCUGGACAGUUGCUACGCUAUUCAAGAGACAAUUUGGCACCAUUGUUGUUAUAUCCGCUAAGCGGUUGUAUAGGUAAAUGCCGACACUGCGGCGACGAGAUGACCUUCGAACUGCAAGUUUUACCGACGAUCAUACCGAAAUUAAUAUUGAAUCCAAGAAGCGAGCGGAUUUUCCAGAUCGAGUUCGGCACUGUUUUAAUAUACACUUGUGUUAGAAGCUGUUGGUCCGCGACUGAUUCAUAUCGGGAAGAGCAUGUCGUUGUUCAAGCUGAAAGACUAUAGUUGUAAAAUAUUAAUAAGGAAAGUUAUAUGAGUGAAGCCAAGGUUCUUCCAGUGAUAUCCUAUAUAGAAUUUCAUAUUUACGCGUCUAGGACGACUAGUUAUGUUACGUCUGUAGAAAAAUACCGUCCACCUUCUUCAUGUACACAUCAAAAGUUCUAUGUAGCGAGCGAUGGUUGAUAAUAGUAAAGAUGUUACACAGGUAUGUAUAUCUCGAGCUACAUUAAGCGACACGUGAUUCGCAAUUUCAAAAAAGAAAAAGAUUAGGUAUGUCUGAUAGAAGAGAAUCUGAUUAAGAGCAUUUAUUUUACUUUCCAUCUCGAUAUUAGUACAUAAGUACAGUGUAAGAUACAACUGUACAAUUGCUACUGACGUAUAAAUACAGAAAUCUCGAAAUGGAAAA